AAGCUAAAGAGGGUUGGGCUUCUUCCUCAUGAACCCACUCUGCUCGGAGUCUUCAUCGUGACACCUCAGGUCACACACCGGCCUCGCAGGUUCCCCACCGCCGUUCCACCAUGAUCCUGUACCUGCUCUGUCCUCUUCUGAUCGCAGGUAUUAAAUCACAAACUGUCAACGUGACGGUGGAAGAGCGGAGCAGAGCCGACGAAAAUGUGCCGUCCAGUUUGUACCAAGAGGGGGAGGGUCUCAUUGAGGAGGAACUGGAAAAUAACAACCAGAUGUUUAUCAGAGAGGAUGAUGAGAUGUUUCAGGACCAGGACACGACGUCUCCUCACAGAGAUCACUGUGAUCGCGCCCUGCUGGUCUUCGCCAGUCACAGCCACUGUGGAGAACCCUUUCACAACGAAAUGUUCACGAUCAGCUCAGAAAACUGGUGCCACCAGGAGCACAUCAGCAGCCCGUACCGCAACCUCACGCUGUGUCUGGAGAAGAUUUCGGACUUGGUCAACUGCUUAUAUCCAAACCAGGACACUGAAGACUUCUUCCUCUCCAUCCACUCCCAGUACUUCCAGGACUGCAGCACUGAGAAGCUGGUGUUUGAGGACGCGCCGCACUGGGUGGCGAUGGUCCUCACGCUCAUCCCCGUCAGCAUCAUCCCCGUCCUCGUCUACCUGGUGGUUUGGAAGAGUAAAGUCCAAGAGUGAGACGGUUAGACGCCGACUCACAGAGAAUCUGCUGUAAGUUUUUACUGAACGGAAACAAUUCAAUGAAACCUGGUUAAAUAAACAGUUAUUCUUUUAAAGUUUGGAUGACGUUUUGGUCCCCGUGAAAUGUGACGCUGUACACGGAGGCGCUGUCGUGUUGAAACAGGAAACAGGAAACACGAAUUGAUGCCCAAACCCUCUAUUGUCUAAAGUAUAAAUGUGUUGGAGCUUUGAGAUUUUCCUUGUGCCUGAAAAUACAGGAUGAAAUACAUCGGCCCAUUGAUGCUGUUUAUACAGAUACUGCAGGUAUGAGUGAAAUACACUGAAAUAUAGUGAAUAAUUGUGUUUAAAAUAGAAAUUAAGUCUAGAAUAUGUUAUAAAUAGUGUUGAUUUCAUGAUAUGUACAUAAAUACAUACAGAAACAGAAUAUAUGUUGGAAGUAUAAGGUUUUAUAAAGGCUACAUUAUUUGUU